ACUGUGUGAUGAAUAACAGGGGUUUUGCAGAUAGAGCAUGAUAAAAAAGGGUCGGCUCUUCCCGAUUGCUCGGCAAGCUACCGAUUGUCUUCCAAGCCGUCGGGAGCCUGCCGAUGCUGCUCUAUCAUCAAACAAUUUAUAAAACAUUUUUAUAACACACUUAUAUUCGCUGUGCAUGCGACAUUCACUGGUUGAAAAACAUACAGUCCCAGGUUAAGAUAAGAACGGAAAACGGACGUGGAAGAUCUCCCAUUUCUCUCAUCUGCCUAUGCCAAGCCCUAAUCUUUAACGCCAAUAUGCCAAGCGAAGAAAGCGGCGACCAUUUUCAGCAUGUCGUGGUGCACGGGUUGCCAUAUGAUCGCGGUUUCUCGCAUGGACAGCAGGUCAAGGAUAAGAUUCUGAGGAAUAUUACUCAUUAUAAACGGCCAGGGAAUCUUAUCGCAUGGCCCACUGCGCUGCGAAUUAUUCGGGAAUGUUAUAUUCCAGGGCUGGAAAAGUAUUGGUUAUCGGGUCUCACAGAGAUGCGUGGCGUCGCCGAUGGUGCAGGAGUGGACCUGGAAGAUAUAAUCUUAUUGAACGCUCGAUAUGACCUUUCACAUAUUAGCAAUCCUUCGACGACGGACAACGAUUCAACUCGAAAUCUUCCUAAGCUGGCCUUGGAGGCUGAAGAUGAACGCUACUAUCCGUCGUAUCCGCGAGCGUCUUCUGAAUGUACUAGCGCGAUUAUCCUAUCUGAAGCGACCGGCGAUGGAGAAGUAUACACGGCUCAAAAUUGGGAUAUGUCAGAUCGGCUCCUCAAGGAGGAUGGGAUCAUCUAUCUAGAGGUUCAUCCACACCCUUCGGAGAAUCUACCGUCCUUGUUCCUCGUAACUGAGGCGGGUCAAUUGUGCCGAUCAGGAAUGAAUUCGGAUGGGCUUGGGUUAUGUGCAAAUUCACUGUGCAGCUCAAUUGAUGCACUGCCAUUCUCGAUGGACGACGCUGUGGGGAAAGGGAGAAUGCCGGCUAUUCCUCCAUCCUCGGCUCUACGACGACUAUUCCUAGAAAGCCCUAGCUAUGCCGACGGCCUCAAACGAGUCGCCAGAACACCUCGCCACGUUUCAUGCAAUUUGAUGCUGACAACUGCAGACAAUAUGGGAAUUUGUCUAGAAAUAACUCCCAAAAUCAUUUUCAGAAUAUCCGGAUCAGCUGGUUCUGACACUCCGUAUAUUCUGCAUAGCAACCAUUUUCAAACGCAAUCAUUUUUGUGUCAGUCCGAGAUCCAGGAUACUUUAGUGGGGGGCAGUACGUGGUAUCGAGCCGACCGGUUGGAAGUGGGCAUCCGAAGAAAAGCGCUCAUCGGUUUUCUUACGGAGUCCGACAUUAUGAACGCCUUCAAGGACCAUGCUGGAUAUCCUCAUAGUCUUUGUGAGCAUUCGGCCCGGAAGGCAACCGAGGGCCCGUUUAUACAGCCAGGUCAUCCGAAUCCCUAUUCUGGUUCGACAUGCACGGUCAGCUGUGUCAUCUAUAACCUCACCAAAAGGUCGAUCAAAGUAUGUAAGGGGCCUCCAUGCAGGGGGACCUUCCAAGAGUUUGCCCUAAAGCGAGCAUUUGAGUCUAGGCGAUAAAUCAGAUGCAAAAUGUGCAUACAUUGGACGGUGGAAAACUAUUCCGCCUUCCUAUUCAAUCAGGGGAAGCAAUCACGUGGACCUCAUUUGCAUGUCGAUCGACCAUUUAGGAAAUUGGUAUGGAGGCACUUUAUGAAGAUCAUUCCUUAGACGAGCGUUGGAUUACUCAAUAAGGUCGUAUUGGAG